AUGACGAUCGCCUCAUCGCCAAAGAAAUUGAAGCUUGAACCAACAUUCACACCUCUUCCGGAUCAUCUCAUCGAGGAAAACAUCCUAAUAAGACUUGAGGUGAAACCUCUAAUUCGCCUCGCAGGCGUUUCCAAAGGAUGGUCUUCCAUGAUAUCGAGUACUAAAUUCACCAAAGAGCACUUAAAACAGUGGUACCCCUCGAACGAUCGAUCUCUCAUUGUCCAGGAUGAUCGUGAUACAGAAGGAGAAGAUAAGUAUUAUUUAUCCUUUGAUGAAAACUACAAUCUGAAUGAGUUUGUUGAAUUGAGGAAUAAAUAUCCGACUUAUUUAUUUAAACCUCUAAAGUCUUGUGUGGUGGGUUCUUGUAAUGGUCUAUUGUGUAUGUUAAAUGAGGAAACCAUGCGCAUCUAUGUGUGGAACCCUAUGACUAAUGUGGUCCGCGAUACUAUGGGUCCCGCCCCUCAUUUCUGUAGGUCGGAGGAUUAUGAAGUGAGGUGUGUUGGAUUUGGUUAUGUAUCGUCUAUUGAUGAGUAUAAGAUAGGGUGUUUGAUGUUUUAUAAGAAAACAUUACUUUCUCUUGUGUUUUCAUUAAAGACUGGGAGAUGGGCUAAAAGGCGUCAGAGAAAAAAGCAUUAUAAAAAGGUGUUAGCAUGUAUAGAUAGGGAAACCCCGGUGUUUGUUAAUGAUACUAUUUAUUGGAUUUCGGAUAUUAUAGAAGAUGGGCAUAGCUUCCUAAUUGGAUUGGAUUUAGUUUAUGAUGAUAUGAUAUUCCUCAAAACAUUCGUAAAUAUCCCUCAGGGAUUCGCAACUGCAAAACUAUGUUACCUUGUAAUAGAGAUUAUCUUUUUCUUUGGUUAG